AUGAAGGAGGAUGCACACAUUCUUAUUUCUGCAAACAAAUUUCUAUCUCCGAACUUGCAGGCCACGAUUGGAGUAUUUUCUGUCAAUCGGCACAACGUCGUCAAAUUGCGCAUCAAGGAAUAUGCGGAAACGUUCGAUUCCACACCUGAUCCAAAACACAAGGUAAGUUUGAUUAAAUCUAGAAUACAUUUAUAUGCCGAACGAGUGUAGAUUCGGUUCAUGAGUUCUGGUUCGGAGGAAUGCGCACAUUGAAACCUAGAGUCCGAUAAGGGCGACGGAGACUGAAACGGCUAUUCUCGACGUACACGCCGUCAUCAACCAGCCAGUCUCAAGUCCAGGCCAGCCAGACCCGAGGACUUUUUAAAUCAGUUAUUCGAUACUUGAUAGUGUACAAUGAAGCCCGUCGGCACAGCGACUUCCUCAAUGGGGUAAAGUUCUGUAACGAAUGCUAUAAGAUCCGACGUAAAAUCAGCGAGGUUUGCUGACGACUGACCCGGAGACAGCUUCACCACACAGUUGAAAAUCGUCAUUUAAAGGGCGGGCUUCCCUUCACGCAAGUAUGGAUCAGGUUGUACAGUUCACUAGUUAGAAUCCCUAAACAGCAUCCCCAAUAAGGGUCGACCUGACUUAAUUUUGAAGGCCAUGGUAAGGGCUAUAAUAAGUGCAACAGCACUCUAAGAAAGCAGUUAGUGAGGAGGCCUACGAAAAUACUUCGCCUAAAGUUCAAUGGUAAUGCCAUCUGGCUUGGGGUCACGCUUUCUCUGAGACAUGCAGUUCGGACUACGAGUUAACCUUUAAAUAGAUAGGAUCUGAACCACCGGCGCAGUUUGUGACGCGACGAGUCCAACAUAUGACGAUAAAACAUGGUCCGAAGGUUUUCUGAAUGAACAUUACAUGAAAUCUCACGAAAAAAGACGCCGACUGUUACUGUUUGAUGACCGCAGCUGAUUGGCCAGAUUUUUCGGAUUUGCGGACUUUAGUCGUUUGCAUUUCAUGGCGGUACAUCGCACUAUACCGAGCAUACCCGGCGUUAAGACGAAAGAAAACUCGAGAAAUUUGGUCGGUGGAUGCUUGGCUUACAUGUUCAUCAGGCCGAAAACUGCUCAGUUACUAAAUCUACACGAAACCCAGGCCAAUCAUAUCCAAGUCCUUCCAGGAUCGUAAAAUCAAGAUCCGGAACAACAUGCCGAACAAACAGAUAUAUUUUCCAGUCGGCAGUCAUAAAAGUUACCGGACGGCACAUAAACGCUCUUAAAAAGCUUCCCCUGCUUCUGUUAUACUUAGCCGUUUACUGUAUUUAUCCUUGUAAAACGCCCUCCAAGCUCCACUGAGGUCAUUGAUUGGGGUGUUUUCAUACCCUUUAGCACUUGGUACAGUGAUACAAUGGAGGCUUGAGAGUGACUCAGUCUUUUGUAUUUUGAGUUGUAUUAAAAGUCAAAUCCUAUUAACCCUAACAAGAAUGUUCAUUUCUUUCAGUCCCAUGCGGACUUCUUUCACAUGUACAUGGAGAUUGGAUCGGAUACAGGGAAGCAGAGAGUGCGCCAGAUCGACAGCCGCCACUUUAAGACUGUGCAUCGAAUACUAAAAGCAACCCGUCUGGCAGUUUUUUCAUGA